UUGCUGAGCAGAGAGAGCCAAGUUCGGUGCCAGACACAGUGAGAGACGGACGUCGCGUUUUCCCGGCCUUUUCAUCUUCAGCGUGCAGUUCGCAAGCUUCGUGCAUUUUACAUCCCCAUCCCGUGUGUAAAACCACCUACAUCUACAUCCACAAUGGCCGUCUGGGAAGGAAAGAAGUACAAGAUGGAGAAGUCGGAGGGAUUCGAUGACUACAUGAAGGCUCUCGGUGUCGGCAUGGUUCUGCGCAAGCUUGGCAACAGCAUCUCGCCCACGGUGGAGCUGGUGAAGAACGGUGACGAGUACACGUUCAACACGCUGUCCACCUUCAAGAACACGACGAUCAAGUUCAAGCUGGGCGAGGAGUUCGACGAGGAAACCGUCGAUGGCCGCAUGGUCAAGUCGGUGUGCACCUUCGACGGCAACAAGCUGAUCCACGAGCAGAAGGGCGAGAAGCCGACCACGAUCGUGCGCGAGUUCACUGCCACCGACCUGACCGCCACCAUGACUGCCGGCAACGCCAAGUGCGUCCGCUACUACAAGGCCGUAUAAGACCCCAGCUGCUAGAGCAGAGCAUCUGCCUGUCCGCUACUAUCCCUCCUAUCCUUCCCUAGCUUAUUCGAUCCGUGACCGAAUGCCGACGGGAAGAUUGGAGGGGUGGGGAUAGUGUUCGGCCCAGCAGUAGUAGGACUUGCCCUUUUGCUUUAUCACAAAACAACAUCACAUUUCCAGCAUCAUUCGCAUUUACAUCAUAUAUUGUAUCGCAUCGCGAGAUACGGAGUAGCAACUAGCCGACUGUACGACGCAGGAUCCUUCAACGUAGGAGUAGAAUCAGGACCCCAGGUGCGUGAGUGCGUGUGUGUGCGCAUAAUAAACGUCCGAGUCCGACCAAGGGGUGGGUGGGGUGCGUAUGUGUGCGUGUACACGUACACGCGAAAAUGAUAACGAAAUCGAAUGGAUUCUGCCCGCUGUUUUAUUGUUUAUGUAAAUAUUUCGGAUGAAAUACUAUGAUUUGAUCAUAACUGUUCUCGAAGUUCUCGAUCGUGUCGGUCGCUGACAGCGGUCGUCCAGAAUAAAGAGAGUAACCACAAGCGUAACGGA